AUGAUGCGGACCUCGUGGUUGGUCCCGAAACUUGGGGAGACUCUGCCGAAAUUUUGGCAGAAAGUCUCGUGCCCUAAAUCCUCUCUGGUAAACGAGGACGUAGAUUUAAGGAGUAAACCCGGCGUGGGUGUGAUGCCGGGGUCUCCGCAGGGUUCGUCUCGGGUUCCGGGAAAUUCGGGACGGGUCCUGUCAGCUUGGUAUCAGAGCUUAGGUUCAAUUUCUUGUGGACCCCGCACCUUGUGUGCAUCCUUAAGUUGUGGGAUCAUGAUGGGUUCCGUCACGGGACGUCAUCAUUUUGAUGCGGAGGAUUCUUUGACAUGGAUGGAUUUAGGGUAUUGA